AUGGUGAAAAAUAUUUAAUAUAAUAAAAAAUAAAAAAAAUAUAAUAAAGAAAAAAAAUAAGAAUUAAAUGUUAAUAAAAAUAAUAAAAAAGAUUAAAAUAAUAAUAAUAAUAAUAAUAAUAAUAAUAAUAUUAUUAAUAAUAAUAAAAAUAACAAUAAUAAUAUUAUUAAUAAUUGCAUUAAUAAUACUAAUACUUACAAAUCUAAUUUUAUUUAUAAUAAAAGUAAUUAAAAUCUAUUAAAUUUACUUGAAAAAGCACAUAAACUUUAUCAAGAAAAUGCAAAAAAUUAAUUAGAAAAGUAUAGACUUGGAAAAUCUGAUGAAUAAUGGAUGAGAAAAAUAAUGACCGAAGGCACUUUAAAGGAUAAAAUAUCCGCUUUACAAAUAUAUAUCCGUGAUAAUCCUAAAACAACUAUUCCUGCUAUAUAAAAUCUCAUAAAAUUUGCGGAAACAAAAUCUAAAAAAGAUGCAAUAUUAUGCUAUAAUGCAUUAAAAAUGCUUUUUUCAAGUAAUUUAAUGCCCGAUUAUGAACUAAAAACAUUUUUUUAAAAUGCAAUAAACAAAAAAGAUUUUACUGAUAAAGAAUUAAUUGAUUAUUAUUUCGAACAUCAAUUAAAGCAAAUCUAUUAUUUAUUUAUAAAUAAAAUAAUUGAACAAUUAAAUGAUAAUUUAUCUUUUUUUAGAAAAGCAUUGGUUUAAAUUCUUAUUGAAAUUUUAUUUGCCAGAAGUGAAUAUUAAGAAAUGGUUCUUGAAUCAUUGUUAAAUAAAUUUGGAGAUAAUGAUAAAUAAAUAGUUACUUUAUUAAACUAAAAUUUAGGAAAAAUAAUAUAAAAAAAGAGUUCUUUAAUAUUGCCUUUAAUUAAGGAAAUAGAGAGAAUUAUUUUUAGACCUAACAUUAAUAUUUAAGCAUAGUUUUAUAUAAUUAAUUUUAUUAAUACUAUAGAUUACAAAAAUAUUUAAGAAGACAUUCUCAAAGAAAUAAUAAAAUUUUUCUUUUUAUUAUUUUAGAAAAUGGUUGAAAAAUUAACAGAUAACCUUUUAUCAUCAAAAAUAUUAAACUAAAUUUUAAGAGGAAUAAAUAAAAUAUUUCCUCGUACAAAGCAAAAUUUCUAAUUAUUCAAAGAUUACUUUAAUUAACAAAUAAAUUAACUUUUCAAUUUAGUACAUAAAACAACUAAUAUAAAGAUUAAAAUUUAAACUCUUUUAUUUAUAUUUUAAGUGGAAAAUUAAGAAAAUAAUUUAUCAGAUCGAUAUUACAGGGUACUUUAUGAAAUUUUAUAAGAUUAAUAAAUCACUCAUUCAUCAUAAACUGAGUUAUUUUUUGACUUGCUUUAUUUUUCUAUAAAAACUGAUUCCAAUGUUAUAAGGAUAAAAAGUUUCGUUAAAAGAUUAUUAUAGGUAAAAUAAAAAAAUUAAUUAAUAAUAUAAAAAUAAAAAUAAAAAUAGUUAGCAAUACAUUGUGAAAAUCCAUUCACAAUAACAUCAUUAAUAUUUUUAGGUAAAAUAUUAAAGGUACAUUCAACAUUAAAAACAAUGAUUAACUAAGGUGAAAAUUUUUUAGAAGAUACAGAAGAAAAAUUUAAAGGUAUAGUAUCGGAAUAAGAAGAUAUAGAAAAAGUAGAGAAUGAAAAAAAUAAACAAAAUAAAUCCCUUUAAUAAAAUGAAUAAUAUGAAUAUGACCCUUUCAAAAGAGAACCAAAAUAUUCAAAAUGUGAAAAUUCAUGCUUAUGGGAAUUGUAUGUUUUAUUAAGACAUAGCCAUCCUACAAUAAGAAGAUUCACUGAAAUUUUACUAUAAUAGAAUUAAUAAAUAGAAUACAAAGGAAACCCUUUAUUGGACUUUACAACAGCAAAUUUUUUGGAUAGAUUUUCAUUUAAAAAUGCCAAAAAGAAGGAAUCUUCUGGAUUAAAAAAUUUGAAGGCAAAAGGAAAAAUAAGAAUGUCUAAAUUAGAACAAGCUUUAUAAGUUGAAGAUUUCAUGAAAAAAGACCAGAAAAAAGUGAGGGAAGAAGAAAAAUAUUUUAUGAAAUAUUUUUAAUAAAAAUUACAAAAAAGAGAAGGUUUAGCAGAAAAAAUAGCAAAAAAAAAUAAAAAGAUGAAAAUUUUGAAGGAGAUGUUGAUGCUGAAAUAGAUAAUUAUGUUGAUUAGUUAGCUUAAGAUUAGUUAAACAGCGACUUUUAUGAUUAAGAUUAAGAUGAAGAUAUUGAAUAUUCAGUUUCAAAAGAUAAUAAUAAAGGUUAAGAAUCUUAGCUGGACGAUGAUUAAUAUAUAAGUUAGGAAGAAAAUUAAAGUUAGUUUGAUAAUGAAGACGAUAACUUUUAUGAUGAAUACUAAUUAAAUAAAGAUUAAUUAGAUGAAGAUGACUAUGAAGAUAUUGACAGCGAAGAAUUAGGGGAUAUAGGUAACUUAGAAAAUUAAUUAGAAGAAGAAGAAUUAAAAAUGGGAAUAGAUGGUGAUUAUGAAGAAGAUGAUGAUAUUGAAGAUUUUGAAACUUUGUUACGAAAAGCAGGUAAAAAAGAUGAUGAUUAUUAUGUUAAUGAAAAAAAUAAUUUCCUUAAUAAUAAGAAAAAGACAAUUAAAAAAUAAAAAAAUAAAUUUAAUAAAAUUAAUAAUUAAAAAAAAAAAAAGAAAUGAAAAUGAAAAUUAUUUUAAAUAUUAUAUUUUAUUUAAAAAUAAUUAUGUUGAUAACAUUUUUUAUGUUUGCAAAUAAUAAUAAAUCUUAAAAUAAAAAAAUAUAUAUUUUGAAAAAAUUUAUGUAGUUAAUAUUGAUAUUAUUAAAAUAAUAAGAGUUAUUAUCAUCAAAAGUAUAAUUUAAAUAAAUAUUUUUUAUGUAUUGUAAGUUUGUAUUUAAUUUAAAUUAUAAGAUUCUUGUUAAAAUUAAAAUUAAAUUAUAAUAAAAACUUCAAUAUUUUUAACAAACCAAUAUUUGAUAAAUAUAUAAAUUUAGAAAAAUUAAAUUAUUUAUUAAUAAUAUAUAAAAUUCUAUAUUAUAUUAAAAUAUAAAAUUUAUAAAUAAUUAUAAAAUAAUAAUAAUAACAAAAUAAGUAAUUAUAUCAAUUUUUAUAAUUAAGUUUAUUAAUAAAAUUACAAAAUUUCAAUUAUAUUAUUAUAAAUUAUGAUUUAUAUUUAAUAUAAAAGUAAAUAAAUAGAAAGUUUUAAAAAUUGA